GUGUUUUGCCGCAUUGUGCCGGUCGAAGUUGAAGCCGCAGAAAAAGCUCCUGCCGGGCACGGAGCCGUCGCGCGGGCCGCUGUCCUCAUGAAUAUUGACGGUGAAAGCUAAAGCGGAGGUUUGUUUCGUCGUCUUCUUCGUGACGACGAGCGAGGAUGCAUCGUGACUGUGGCGUCGCCCGACUCGGACGAAGGGGCGUUUUUACCGUGCAUCCUUCAUUCCGAUCAUCUUUUUGCUUUCGCGAGUCCACCUGAGGGCAUUCGACGGAGGCCGACCGCCUCGAUUUUCAGCGUCUUCGCUCUCGGACGCAACUUUUCAAACUUCUCACCGACGACGGAUGGAAAUAAAGCCGACGCGUUUUUGAUUGCUCAUCAUCGAUAGAAAACAUGAAUGGCGUCUAAGUCGAGGAGAAAAAAUAAACCGUCAUCCGGAUUGAAACGGGCGUCCGCGAUGUAACAUUUGUCAUCGAGGACCCUUCAGACGACGACGUGACGGGGCCGCUCGACCAGGGAAAAUCUAUUCGGAAGUUUGUGGCUGAAAGCGACCGCGGAAGCGUCCCGAUGAAGCAAGCGGAAUUGUGAUCUGGCAUGAAGCGGACGUCCGAAGGUUUGUCGUCGUCGAGGAUCCUUUAGGUGUUGUAGAACUUUCUCCGGAUCUCAUGACGCAACAGAUCUCAAUGAGGGGAAAAAAGCUCUUCUUAAGUUUGUGACUGAACGUCUCACAGAAGCACUUGGAUGUCCGCUUUCGCACAUACGGACGAAGUCGUCAUCCGGGUUGAAACGCAAUUCCAGAAAGUACAUUUUGUCAACAUCGAGGAUGCUUCAGGUGUCGUCGUAGAACCUUCUCCAGGUCCCUGCGCUCGAUGUCCUGAGGCGACCGUAGUCCAACCCCUGGGACCCUCGGACAUGACGCCCGCCCCGGCCUGAAAUCCGCCCCCGCCCGGCCGGGGCAUGGCGGCGGCCAUCGCCAGCUCCCUGAUCCGACAGAAGCGUCGGGCCCGCGAGUCCAACAACGAGAAGGUCGCCGCCAACAAGAGGCGCUCCAGUCCCACCAAGGAGGCCCGGUCUUUCAGGCACAUCUUCAGCGUCUUUAGCAAGGUCCGCUUCUGCAGCGGCGGCGGCAAGAAGAAACCGGUGCGACGGAAACCAGAGCCGCAGUUGAAGGGCAUCGUGACGCGUCUGUUCAGCGAGCAGGGCUUCUUCCUGCAGAUGCAACCCGAUGGAACCGUCAGCGGAAACAAGGACGAGAACAGCGACAACACUCUCUUCAACCUGAUCCCGGUGGGCCUGCGGGUCGUGGCCAUGCAGGGGGUCAAGGCGGGGCUCUACGUGGCCAUGAACGCCGAGGGCUUCCUCUACACGUCGGACAUCUUCACGGCCGAGUGCAAGUUCAAGGAGUCGGUGUUUGAGAACUACUACGUCAUCUACUCGUCCACGCUGUACCGGCAGCACGAGUCUGGCCGGGCGUGGUUCCUGGGCCUCAACAAGGACGGCGUCGUCAUGAAGGGGAACCGCGUCAAGAAAACCAAACCCUGCUCGCACUUUGUGCCCAGACCCAUCGAAGUGUGCAUGUACAAGGAGCCGUCGCUGCACGAGCUGGAGGAGAAGCUGCUCAAGUCGUCGCGGAGUCCCACCAUCAACGGCGACGAGCCGGCCGGGAGCCCCCGCAGAGCCGACGACGACGACGACGACGACGACCGCACAGAGCGGGAGGGCUCGUAGCCUGCGGCGCCCCCCGCCGGAGGAACUCCCAUGUAACGCCCCCACCCCCCACUCUUCAGCACCAAACAAGCGGGAAAAAAAGA